GCAGCGGGCAUGAUGAGCACCAAGGCCUUCACGCUGGUCUCUGCCGUGGAGCGGGAGCUGCUGAUGGGCGACAAGGAGCGCGUCAACAUAGAGUGCGUGGAGUGCUGCGGCAAGAACCUCUACGUGGGCACCAACGACUGCUCCAUCUACCACUUCCUGCUGGAGGAGCAGAGCCUGCCUGCCGGCACGGCCACGUUCACGGCCACCAAGCAGCUGCACAGACACCUGGGCCUCAGGAAGCCCGUGAGUGAGCUGCGCGCCGCCUCGGCCCUGCACAGACUGCUGGUGCUCUGUGACUGCUCCAUCAGCCUGGUCCACAUGCUGAGCCUGGAGCCUGUCCCCUCGGGGGCCCGCAUCAAGGGGGCCGUGGCGCUGGCCUUGAACGAGAACCCGGUGAGCGGGGACCCGUUUUGUGUGGAGGUCUGCAUCAUCUCUGUGAAACGCAGAACCAUCCAGGUGUUCAUGGUGUACGAGGACCGGGUCCAGAUCGUCAGGGAGGUGUCCACGCCGGAGCAGCCCCUGGCGGUGGCGGUGGACGGCUACUUCCUGUGCCUGGCUCUGACCACGCAGUACAUCAUCCUGAACUACAGCACGGGCGCCGCCCAGGACCUGUUCCCCUACUGCAGCGAGGAGAAGCGCCCCAUCGUCAAGCGGAUAGGGAGGCAGGAGUUCCUCCUGGCCGGCCCCGGAGGACUGGGCAUGUUUGCCACUGUUGCUGGGAUUUCUCAGCGGGCUCCUGUGCACUGGUCAGAGAACGUGAUCGGGGCGGCCGUCUGCUUCCCCUACGUCCUGGCGCUCGACGACGCCUUCAUCACAGUCCACAGCAUGCUGGACCAGCAGCAGAAGCAGACCCUGCCCUUCAAGGAAGGCCACAUUCUGCAGGACUUCGAAGGAAGAGUGAUUGUCGCCACAAGUAAAGGCGUUUACAUCUUGGUUCCCUUACCUCUGGAAAAACAAGUACAGGAUCUCCUGGCGAGCCGCCGAGUGGAGGAGGCGCUGGUUUUGGCGAAAGGAGCCCGGAGGAUCAUCCCAAAGGAAAAGUUUCAGGGAAUGUACAGAAGGAUCCUGCAGCAGGCCGGCUUCAUACACUUCGCACAACUUCAGUUCCUGGAAGCUGAAGAGCUCUUCAGAGGCGGCCAGCUUGACGUCCGGGAGCUGAUCUCUCUGUGCCCCUUCCUGCUGCCCACCUCCUCUUCAUUCACGCGGUCUCACCCUCCUCUCCACGAGUACGCAGACCUGAACCAGCUGACCCAGGGCGACCAGGAGAAGGUGGCCAAGUGCAAGCGCUUCCUCAUGAGCUACCUGGACGAAGUGCGCGGCACGGAGGCCGUGCGCAGCUACAAAGAGGACGUGGACACGGCCCUGCUCAAGCUGUACGCGGAGGCCGGCCACGCCAGCCUGCUGGACUUCCUGGUCAGCGAGAACGCCUGCCUGCUGGCCGACAGCGCUGCCUGGCUGGAGAAGCACAAACGGUAUUUUGCACUGGGACUGCUCUACCACCAUAAUAACCAGGAUGCGGCUGCAGUUCAGCUGUGGGUGAGCAUAGUGAACGGGGAGAUUGACGACCCCACGCGCGCAGACCUGUACGACUACGUGGUGGAUUUCCUCACCCGCAGCCCCGACCCCGAGCUGGUGUGGAAGUACGCCGACUGGGCCUUACAGAAAAGUGAGGAGGUUGGAGUCCAGGUUUUCACCAAGAGGCCUUUGGAGGAGCAGCAGGACAGUUUCAAUCCAGACCAUGUGCUCAGUCGCCUUAAGAAAUACCCCAGCGCCCUUGUCCGGUACCUGGAGCACCUGGUGAUGGACAGGAACCUGCAGAGGGAAGAGUACCACACACGCCUGGCCCUCCUCUACCUGGACGCGGUGCUGCAGCGGACGCCCGGCGCCGGCGGCUCGGGGGCCGAGGUGACGGAGACCCAGGCGAAGCUGCGACGCCUGCUGCAGAAGUCCGACUUGUACCGAGUCCACUUCCUGAUGGAGAGAGUGCGGGGCGCUGACCUGCCCAUGGAGAGGGCCAUCCUGCACGGGAAGCUGGAGGAGCACGAGCAGGCCCUGCGCACCCUGGCGCUCGAGCUGGGGGACUUCCCUGCGGCCGAGGACUACUGCGCCUGGCGCUCCGCGGGCAGGGAGCCGGCCUACCGGCGGCGGCUCUUCCACACGCUGCUGGCCCUGUACCUGGGCCCCGGCCCCAGCGCUCCCGCCUCCGCCCCCUUCUCCGCGGAGCUGGCCGUGGCCGCGGUGGACCUCCUGAACCGCCACGCCGCCGAGUUUGACGCUGCCCAGGUUCUGCAGCUGCUGCCGGGCACCUGGUCGGUGCAGCUGCUCUGCCCGUUCCUGGCGGGCGCCAUGCGGGACAGCACCCACGCCAGGAGGACCGCGCAGGUGGCGCUCGGACUGGCCACGUCGGAGAACCUGAUCUAUAAGCACGACCAGAUGAAGGUGAAAAGGAGCUCGUUCCGGCUCUCAGACAAACAGCUGUGCCAGGUGUGCCACCGUCCCUUCUGCGAGCCCGUGUUUGUUAGAUACCCAACCGGAGACCUCGUCCACACCCACUGUGCCGCCAGCAGACACGCGAACCCCAGCGCCCCCCGCCCUGGCGCUCGGACUUGAAGGGGCCGCCUGGGCGCCAGGGGGACCUCGAGUUCUUCGCACACCAAUGCAAGGAGCAGAGAGCGCUGGCGCUAUGCCAGCCCAGACAGGUGACAUCUCGGUGCCGGGAGACUCGGUCAAUGUGAAACAAGGACUCUGCCCUGCUGCCCAGUCGGCAUGAAUGUACACAGAAAGCCCACAACGGAGAAGUGAGCCUUCCCGGCGCACUCCCAGGACUGGCGCCCACCCCACCUUCAGGCACACACUUGCCCUGGGGCAUUUCCUUCAGGGUGGCACGCAGGUGACACCGUCAGCCCGGUGAGUGGCCAGGACAGAGUCCUGUGCGGGCAGGUUUCACGUCGCACUUUUCCUCCCGCCUGGUGCGUGCUCCAUCCACCGCACAGCGGCUGCUUCCCGAUGACCUCGGGGGCUCUGCUCUUGCCCUUGGCCUUGGCGGGCCUGGGGGGUGUGUCCGUUCCCUCCUGUUUCCCAUCCGGCUCCCCACCCUCAGAGCGCGCCCUUUGGGUGAACGGUAUGCUUCUGGCUUCUAGCAAGUGAACACCACCACGAAACUGAUGAAGGCCGAGAGAGAGGCUGCCUGCCCGGCGGGACGACGGCGGAGACGGAACCGUGGGGACAGGGCCCACGCGUGUGCCCCUCACUGCCGGCGUCUGCUGGUCUGAAACUCCACCGUCAAUGUGCUUGACUAAACGUUUUCAUUUGAAGUUAUAUUAUCUUUGUAAUCUUUCUCUUAUUUAGAAAGUCAUCUGUCAUACUUGUUAGGGAUGUUUUUUCUUGUUAAAAUGUGCCUCCUGUUGAAUACCUGGGAAAUUAAAAGGGAAACAAUGAGCACAACCCGAGUGUAUUUUCAGGAGAGGCCGGCCUCCCGCACUCGCCGCUGGGCGGGCAGUGGGCGGCGCUGCCGCUGCGCACGGUGAGGUGGCCGCCUUUCCUGCAGGUGAUGCCGCCCGAGAGGAGGCCCAGCCGCUGCGCACGGUGAGGUGGCCGCCUUUCCUGCAGGUGAUGCCGCCCGAGAGGAGGCCCAGCCCGCCGCCUUACCUCCAGCUCUUCACACGCCGCUCCGGGUUUCCUGGUCAUGGCGAAACGAAUGCCCGUCGCCCCAGACUGCUGAUGCGUUCUGUGGUUCCUGCACCGCCCUCGGACUUCUUCGUUUUGGUGACCGAUUCUGUUAGGGAUGGAAAAUAAAGACACUGUACCCCGAUGCAAGGCUUGCAAGCAAGCAUCAGCGUCUGAGGAGAGAACCCUGGAACACGCCCUCCCGCAGCCUCAGCCUUACGGAGGGGGAUGAAGAGCCCACUCCAGUCUUCAAAAACCUUCUGCACUAGGAAUGGUCAGCGUUCCUUUUCCUUUGUGAUGCCAACUGGGCCAAGAAGGCAGCGGCCUCCACGCCUUCUUUCCUGACUACGUCUCCGUGAGCUCAGGUAGAGAACGAAGGAAUUCUGCCUGCAGCGCAGCCCCGUGCUGUUACUCGGGGUGGACACAGCCCAGCCGGGACUGACCCUGCGGAUGGCGUGCAGAAUCACCAUGUUACUGUGCAUAUCACCGUUCAACUUGUGUGCUUGGAUUUACUCCUCGAAGAACGGGCGACUAGUCCAUGCAAUAUGCACUUUGCAAAGCACUGUUUCUCUACUCAGAAUGGGUAAAAUCUUGAAAAAGUCUUGUGAUUGCUCAUUUCUAACUUGGGGCCUCUACUCAGUCUCUUUUUUCUCUGAACAUUGAUCAGUACUUUGAAAUGUUUGUUUUCCUUUAGAAUAAUGGGAAUUGAAGUUGAACAGUUUUCCAGCUCUCUGUGACACUGCAGAAUUGUCUCCUGUGUUCAAAACCGUUCUCUAAUCUUCCUCAAACUCCCACAAGGCGCUUUUCUCAAAUCAUAUUUUGAAAAGAAAUACAUGUUCUUUCCACAGGCCUGCUGCUUUGUGACCGUGCUGUUGACUAGAGCAGUUAGAAGCACCACUCAGCCGCUUUUCCCUCCAGGUUCUGUGUGACCAUUCUAGUUAAAACAGCAUGCUCCGAACUCAGUUGUCAUUGUAUGUUCUGUGCGCAAGGCUGUCUAAUUUUAUGGCCCGUGGAUCUGCUGUGCCUGUCGAGAACUAACGGGGGAAGUGUAGGCUGUGGGGCACGGGCCUGGCUCAGCCCCGGGAACCGUGCUGGAGGGAGGGGCCUCGGUCACACCAUGGAGCGAUGCCUGUCACACAGGGGGGGUAGCCCUGGCUUUUUGCUUGCUCUCCUAUGGAAACUGUUGUCCUUGCAGCUCUAUCCUUUGCCCCUGGUUGGGUCCCAAAUACACAAGAUGUACAAAUGUAAACUUGAUUUUAUUAAAAUUCUUUUAAUUCUU